AUGGCCCUAGAAGCCAACAACGAAGCCAUACAAUGCAAAGUUUUCUCCACGAAUUUCUCUGGGUCGGCCCUGCUAUGGUUCAGGCAAUUGAAACCUGGUUCUGUCAACAAUUUUGGUGACCUCCGCAGAGCCUUUCUCCAAUUGUACAGUGCUAACCGUGAAACACCAAGAACAAUGAAGAAAUCCGAAAUUAUCUCCACUCCACCAGCAAAUAACCCUCCUCCCUCGCUUGCAAGGGACGACAAGAGGAAGAGACAAGAAACAGAUCACGCGAAAGAAGGGAAAAGGCCUAGACAGAAUCGAGAAUCAUCACAAUACCCCUCCUUUAAAUACACCGUCCCUCAGGAAGUCAUUUAUGAAGAAAAUAAGGACAGACCCAUCUGGCGUGAGCCGUACAAGAUUACCACUCCUCCUGAUAGAAGAGAUAAAAAUAGGUACUGCCUCUUCCACAAAGAUCAUGGCCAUACAGUCGCUGAAUGCCACAACCUCCACAAUCAGAUUCAGGCCCUCAUGAGAAGUGGACAGUUAACCCAAUACAUUAAAGAGACAGGCAGACCUGGCACCUCACAACCCAACCCUGCUUCUGCCCCAACACCACAAGCAGCAAACUCCUUGCGUAUGGCCACCAAAAGCUCACAAGAACCUCUCAAGCAAGUCCCCAUGAUACACGGGAUCGUGGAGCUCACUGGGGAAUAA